AUGGAAACUACUCCGAAUCAACAGCGUGGAAAAGCAACCUCAGUUUAUUCAGAGUAUAGCGAAUCGGAGUACGAUCCGAAAGAUGAACGCUGGGAUGAUUGGGAGGAAGAAGAUAUCCAACCCGAAACAAAAUGCUUAUUUUGUAAUGAUUUAUUACCUACCAUCCAUGAUGUGUUUAGACAUUGUAUUGAUAGACAUGGAUUUGACUUUAAGUCAAUAAGAAAUAGUUUGAAUCUUGAUUUUUAUCGGUGUAUUCGUUUAAUUAAUUAUAUUCGUCAGCAGGCAUUAAUUAAUCCGUUUUUUGAAGAAACCACAAAUUUUACAAUUACCGGCACAGAAACAUUUCUUGAAGAUGAUGAAUAUCUAAAGCCUGUAAUUGAAGAAGAUCCCUUAUUAUACGCAUUUGACAGUAUAGGAUCUGAGAAUGAUUCUGAAUUUAGUGAUCCGGUAUAUAAAGCACACAUAAAUGAACAUAAUGAAGCGUAUAAUCCGACAACACCACUUGAACAUGAACUUAUAAGUAAACUUCAUAUUAUUGAAGAACGCCUAUUUAAUACAGAGGUUCAUUUAAAAAAGGUAGAAACACAAUUUGGCGAUUAUCGUGGAAUGGUUAAAGAAGCUUUUUUUGACGUUUAUUCCGAUACAAGAAGGCAAUUUAUUAAUUUAUUAUUACUUGAAAAAUCAUUGAAAUCAACGAAAGGAUCGGUUGCCGCAAUUGAGGAUCAUGGAAAUUAUUAUUAUAAUUCUUAUGCAAAGACAGGCAUACAUGCUGAAAUGUUGAAAGAUCGAGUUAGAACGGAAGGUUAUCGAGAUUUUAUUUAUGAGAAUAAAGAUAUUUUUAAAGGAAAGGUUGUGUUGGAUGUUGGUUGUGGCACUGGUAUAUUAUCAUUGUUUGCGGCCAGAGCUGGAGCAUCGAGAGUCAUUUCGGUCGACGAAUCAGCAAUUAUCGAACGUGCACGUGAAAUCGUGCGAGUAAAUAAAUUGGAUAAUGUUAUUACUCUCAUAUCUGGAAAAAUUGAAGAAGUCACCCUUCCUGUUCCUAAAGUCGACAUAAUAGUGUCAGAAUGGAUGGGAUACUUUCUUUUGUUUGAAGCGAUGCUUGACUCUGUCAUUGUUGCGCGGGAUCGGUGGCUUGUUCCUGGAGGCGUUCGUUUCGAUAUGACUCCAAUGCGGUCCCCAGUAAGAUCAUCAGCAUACAUUGAAUCAGUGGAUGCAAAAGCAAUCAUUACCGAUGUUAUUGCUCUAAAGGAUUUCCCAAUACAUACAAUCCGAAAAAACAACCUAGAUUUCACGGUUUCGUUUAAAUUGGAAGCGACGCGUUCUGGAACUAUUCAUGCUUUCUUGGACGAGAGCAUCAAAAAAUUAAAAGAAAAGCUUAAAGACACCGGUGGUAAUAGUUUCUUUACUACUGGACCUCAAGGGGAAGUCACACAUUGGCGACAGACCAUCUUUUUUUUGGAAAAUCCUGUUCCAGUUGUAGAAGGCACUACGAUUUCCGGGUUUUUUGAGUGUCGCAAAGGAUUUGAUAAUCCGCGGGAUCUUGAUAUGGAAAUUCGUUAUCGGGUGAUAGGUGAUAGUGAUGACAGCAAGAUUAAUGGCGAAGAUGAUACGGAACAUGUACAAAGAUUUUAUCUCAGGUAA